AUGGGAAAAGGGAAGAUUGAGAUGAAAAGAAUUGAAAACGCAGCUAGCAGACAAGUGACAUUUUCAAAGAGAAGAAAUGGGCUUUUAAAGAAAGCCUACGAGCUAUCGGUCCUAUGUGACGCCCAAGUAGCUGUGAUAGUCUUUUCACAAAAAGGCAGACUCUAUGAGUUCUUCAGUUCCGAAAACAUUAUUGAUCGAUACAAUAAACAUGGCAAAAAUGUUCAUACCAAUGAGUUUGAAGAGCAACAACUAAUUAUCCAGCGCCUGAAGUCUAACUGUGCAAGCAUGGCAAGGAAGAUUGAGCUUCUAGAACUUUCACAAAGGAAGCUACUGGGACUUCAUAACUUGGGUUGUUCUUAUGAAGAACUUCAAGCAAUGGAGGGUCAGCUCCAAAGGAGUUUACAAAACGUCAAAAUGAGAAAGGCUCAGCUUGUAAGGGAGCAAUUUGAGCAGCUGAAAAAUAAGUUUGGGGAAAAUGCGUGGCAGCAAUGGGCUAUACACAGAGGAGAAGCACAUCAAAGUUCAAGUGAAAACAGCCGAAGAUCAUAUGUUGAAACUGAAUUACAUAUUGGACUGCCAGAGAAGCGUUUCUGA